CUCGAGACCUAGUGUUAGUGGAAAGCUAAAGUGUGCAGUGCAAAAUGGUGAAGAGGACCGUGACGUCUAGCCGCCCGGUACUUCUGCUGGUGCUGCUGCUAAUCGCAGUAGGCUUAGCGGAUGAUACCAUGUCAAACAAAGCGAGUGACAGCUCCGAAGGCAAGAAGGUAGUGUGCUAUGUGGGGACGUGGGCUGUUUACCGACCUGGCCAGGGUCGGUUCGACAUCGAACACAUCGAUCCGCUGCUGUGUACGCAUCUCAUGUACGGGUUCUUUGGCAUCAACGAGGAUGCGACGGUGCGUGUGAUCGACCCAUACCUGGACCUCGAAGAAAACUGGGGUCGUGGACACAUCAAACGGUUUGUCGCGCUGAAAUCUGUCAACCCGCAGUUGAAGACACUCGCCGCGAUCGGUGGCUGGAACGAGGGUUCCAGGAAGUUCUCCAAGAUGGCAGCCAGCGCAGAGUUGCGCAAGCGGUUCAUUCACGAUUGCGUGGCGUUCUGCCAACGACAUGGAUUCGAUGGCAUCGACCUGGACUGGGAGUACCCUGCACAACGUGAUGGCGAUCCGCUGAUUGACCGAGAGAACCACGCCCAGCUGGUGGAGGAGAUGCGACAAGUGUUCGACCAGUACGGGUUGUUGAUGACGGCUGCCGUGGCUUCAGUGGAGUUCUCAGCAGGUGUUUCAUACGAUAUCACGCGGGUCUCGAAGAGCUUCCACUUCCUGAAUGUCAUGGUGUACGACAUGCACGGUGCCUGGGAAAGCUACUGUGGCAUCAACGCGCCUCUAUACCGUGGACCAGCUGACACGACGGACCAACAGGCGCAGUUGAACGUGAAUGCAAGCAUCCACUUCUGGCUUGCGAAUGGCGCCCCACCUGAGAAGCUGGUAUUGGGAAUUCCACUGUACGGACGUAGCUUCACACUGGCCAAUGCAGCCAACUCGCAGAUUGGAGCUGCAGUCGUUGGAGGUGGAACAGCUGGACCAUACACACGUGAACCGGGUGUCCUGGGGUACAACGAGUUCUGUGAGAAGUUGCAGACGGAAUCUUGGGAUCUUCGGUGGAGUGAUGAACAGCAGACACCGUACGCUGUGCGAAACAACCAGUGGCUCGGAUAUGACGACCUGCGAUCGGUUCAGUUGAAGGUGCAGUAUUUGCUCGAUCUUAAGCUGGGUGGUGCUAUGGUGUGGUCUCUGGAGACGGACGAUUUCCGUGGAGUGUGCGGUGGUGGGAAAUACCCUUUGAUGACGGAAAUUCGCUCACUCCUGAACGGAGGUACACCGAGCCCAACAACAACAGCUCCUUCGACAUCGACAUCGACAUCGGUCACAUCAGAAGGUCCAGGUGUAUCGGUCACUACAUCGCCACCGUCGGGAGAUGGUCCAUGUGCAGAAGGUCACAUUGGGUUCGUGCCUCAUCCCGAGGACUGCAGCCGAUACUACAUGUGCGUUGGUGUUCAGACGGGCUUUGAGUUCAGUUGCCCGGCCGGGACGUUGUUCGAUCCGAACCUAAACGUCUGCAACUGGUCGGACAAGGUGAACUGUGAGCACUGAUUCGAUGGAGGGGCGCGUUAUGGUUAAGAUAUUUAUCUUAAGCAAUAAGUUACUACUACUACCAUAAAUACAUUUGCAUAUCAA